UGUAAUUAUUUUUAUACCAUUGAGUUGAGCUUCCUCAAAGAUUUCAUUUUUAUUAUGUUUAUUUAAUCCUCACCCUCUGAUAUCCAAGAUUUUAAGGCUUGAUUUUAAAUCUGAAGAGCUUGCCAAGCCUUGAAUCAAAUUUUUGAAUUCAUCAAAAUUGUUCAUCCAUCCAGCCCAAAUAUUUCUUCCUGAUGAAUUUAAACUUAACUCCUCAACUUUGGAAUGGUUGAGUGCUUUUGAGAAGUCAGGAGCUCUCGGAACAGAUAUCAUACAAAAACAUAACUGAAGUGCUUUUACAUGUCUAUAAGAUGACAUCAAUCUCUUUAGCCGGUGAGAAUUCAAUCUGAAUCUCACAAAUGUUGCGCUUUGAAUCACUUUAGGACUCAGUUUAAGAAACGAAUUGAUAUGUCUAUCUCUCUUUAGCCUUCAUUUUUCAGAUCGAGAGAUCCAAAGAUGAUAAACUUUAUUCGGGAAUGACAGAUUGAUGAAAUUAAUAACAUCCCUAUUUUAGACUCUAGAUCUCUGAUAGAGAAAUUCUUUAUGCUUGCAAGCUUCAAAGAUCUUAGGGUUUAGCAAGUCCAAUGUAUCUCUGGUCUCCAGAUGGGAACUUAAAAUUCUUAUCAUCUUGAUCUGAUUCUAUUGGAGAAAUUUUCAUCUCUUGUAAAAAAACGUUAUAGUAUGCAUUAUGACACCUGAUUAAAUCAGACUCCUUGGCUUCUGUAAGUAUAGAUUGCUCUAUACUGCAUAAUAAGAUGAGAUUUAGCAGGGAAAUUUUGAAUAAAUGUCAGAAUUGGUCAGAAAAGUUAGAGAUUAGCAAAUGAGUUGUUUGAAAGAUUGAGAGUGUAGAUAGGAUUGAUUAUUACAUCUAUAAAUUCUUUAACAUUGGUAAUAGUUUAAACAAAUGAUCUUGAGAUCUGAGAUUCAAUAUUUGGGAAGGUAAUGAGCAAGGGAGAGAGUAAAAAUAUGAGAGAAAUCGAUUCUUAAAUUUUCAAAUAUC